GCAUCGGUUCAAUUCUAAAACCCAUUUUCUCAUCUUCCUCUCCGCAAGUUCACACCAGAAAAUACUAGGGCUGUUUAGCGAACAAAGCUGUUCAUUUUACUAACCUUUUUUCUUCCUUAUUUUUUCCUCCUGGUUUUCUGAUAGUUUUUUGAAUUUGAUUAGCUGAAUUGCGAAUAGCGAACAGCGAGAGAAUUGAGGGACGACGAAGCCUCGAUAGCCGUACGAUUGAGAUUCUCUUUACUUUUUAAUCUGAUUUAGAGGGUUAGCGACUGAUAAUCCUUAUGAUAAUCUGAAAAUUUUCUUUUCCUUUCACUCUGUUACUGAACUGUUCGUAGUAGGGGGAAAAAGAGAGAACCUGUUUUUUUAGGGGGUUUGUUGAAGGGAUAUGUAUAUUUUAGGGUUCUAAUUUUCUGGUUAUUUACAAUAUUGGGUCUAAGUUCUUCAUUCAAAGCCGUCUCGUUUUUUACUUUCUUGUUGAAAGGAUAGAAUUGUCAUCUUAGAUAUGUGGAGGUCUUGGUCUUCUUAGUUUGUUCUUGUCUGGUUUUGAAGAACUCUAGAAGCAAAUCUGAUUUAGAUGGUUAGCGACUGAUAAUCCUAUGAUAAUCUGAGAAUUUUCUUUUCCUUUCACUCUGUUACUGAACUGUUCGUAGUAGGGGAAAAAAAGAGAGAACCUGGUUUUUUAGAGGGUUUGUUGAAGCCUGAAGGGAUAUGUAUAUUUUAGGGUUCUAAUUUUCUGGUUAUUUACGAUAUUGGGUCUAAAUUCUUCAUUCAAAGCCGUCUCGUUUUGUACUUUCUUGUUGAAAGGAUAGAAUUGUCAUCUUAGAUAUGUGGAGGUCUUGGUCUUCUUAGUUUGUUCUUGUCUGGUUUUGAAGAACUCUAGAAGCAACCCUUAUAUUGAAAUUGGAAUAGGAAUAUAAAGUGGGAAAAUAACCGGGUAAUUUGAAUUGCAGAAGUUCUUGUUUAGAGAGUUACCAUUUUUUAAAAGAAUUCUUGGAAAAUCCUCAAGUAUAUUUUAUUACUCAGCAAUGCCACUAUUAUAGUUUCUUUGAAUUAUUGACUUGAUUGUCUUGUUUGAUAAUCUUGAAAGUGUAUAUUGUAUAGGAGGAACACGAAGGACAAACUUAGUUACAGUCUAAAGAAAAGAAUUCUGAAAUUGAGAAAUUUUGGUUUAGUUGUUAGAAACUUUGAAGUUCAUGUUAAGGUAUUUGAUGGUUGAAACUGGAUUAAAGGGAACAUAACAUUUUUGGAAAUUGAGAAGUUUAACCUGGAAAUAGAGAAACAGAACUUGAAUUUUUUCUUUAUGAUCAUGUUUUGUGAGAGUUAUGGAAAGAAAUGAGCCUUCAUUGAUACCGGAAUGGUUGAAGAGCGGGGCAAGUCUUACUGGUAGUGGCAAUUCAAUUCACCAAUUUACAUCCUCAUCUUCACAUUCAGAAAAUAAUUCUGCAUUGAAGCAUGCCAGAAAUAAGUUGGCUGUUGACAAUGAUAGUGAUAUAGGUUGGGCAUCUGUUUUGGAUAGGGCCUUUCAUGUUUAUUCUAGGAGGAGUUCUAGUAGAAAAGGAUCUUCUGGCUCACUGGCUUAUAGCAAUUUUGCUAAAGGCAACCGUGAAAGGGAUUGGGAAAAAUUUACUAAUGGUUAUCAUGACCGAAGAAUGCUGUUCUCAGUGACCAUAGGAACCGAAACUAUUUUGAUUCUCUUGAUAACCUGUUGCCUAGCAUAUCUGAGAAGGAUGUCUUACGGCGUUCACAGUCUAUGAUAACUGGCAAGCACAGUGACACAUGGCCAGGGAAAGCAACAAAUGAAUCUAUUAGCAACAGAAAAAGCCAUCAUGACAGUGGUAAUGGUGAGAUUAGCACAGCUAUCCAUGAUAAAUCUGCAUUUGAACAUGAUUUUCCUUCGCUUGGUGCUGAAGAAAGACCAGUGGGGUCUGAAAUAGGAAGAAUUUCGUCUCCUGGCUUGAGUAAUAAAUUUGCUUUCGAACAUGAUUUGCCUUCACUUGGUGCUGAAGAAAGACAACUUGGGUCUGAAGUAGGAAGAGUUUCAUUUCCUGGUUUGAGUAAUCCUGGGCAGAGCUUUCUCUUGGGGAUCACACCUGGCACUGGCAGUUAUGGCAGGACAUCAGCUCUUGCAGACAUUUCUGUGGGUGUGGGAAGCAGUGGCAGAGGUGUGGCAGUUGCUUCACAAAAUGCUUCUGCAGGCUCAACUCCAAUUACAACGAUGAGCCUUAAUAUGGCUGAAGCAGUGGCUCAGGGGCCUUCUCGUGCUCGCACACCUCCCAUGUUAAAUGUUGAAACUCAAAGGCUCGAGGAGCUGGCUAUCAAACAGUCGAGGCAACUAAUUCCCUUGGUGACAAUAUCAACGCCUAAAAGUUUGGUGGUCAGUCCUUCAGAGAAAUCAAAACCUAAAGUUGGACAGCAGCUUCAUCCUUCAAUCUCUUUUAACUCCACACAUGGUGGAACUUCCAGAUCUGACAGUAUAAAAGUUUCCAAUGAGAGCAGGCUUUGCAUACUCAAACCAUCUCGAGAAUCAAAUGGUGUUUCCUUAGUGAACAAAAAAGAUAACUUGAGUCCUACUAAUGGGAGCAGCAAACUUGUGAAUAGUCUACUAAGCGUCACUCCUCCAGCUGCUGCAUCUGCUCCCUUUAGGAGUUCAGGCAACAGCCCCAGGUCUGCCACUGCUGAGCAUAAUCAGAUUCAGUUGCGGUUAACCAUGGAGAAGAGAGCAACUGCUCAAGCCCAGAGUAGGAAUGACUUCUUCAACCUUCUAAAGAAGAAAUCUACCACGAACUCUGCUUCUUCCAUCCUUGAUCCCAGCCCUGCUGUGUCGCGACCUGUCUCCGAGAAGCCUGAUGAACUUGGCCCUGAAGAUUCCUGCUCUUCCGAUUCUCUAAUGGAUGUGGCCGUUCUAUCACUAGAAAUGUCAAAUGCUGACUUGCUAACUGACAAUAGGAGUGAAAUAGCCCUGAAUGGAGAUGCUUAUACCGAGCCUCGUCACUGUCCUAGCAAUGGGGAUGGGCAUUCAAGGCAUGAUGUCUUCCUUUAUCCUGAUGUGGAAGAGGCUGCAUUUUUACGUUCCCUUGGUUGGGAAGAGAAAGCUGAAGAUGAUGAUGGUCUUACAGAAGAGGAGAUUAAUUCCUUUCUCGAGCAGUACUCUAAAUUGAAACCGUCUGCAAAACUUCUCAAACGAAUGACGAUAAACUCUCAUAAUGGGAUUCAUGGUGAUGCAUCAUCUGGAUUGAGCUCAACGGAUUCCAAUGGAGAAGCUUCGACUCAUCAAAGUUCUAAUUGACUUG